CAUGCAAAGAUUUGCAAAAAAAAACGAAAAAAAAACAGAAGAAAGCAACAAUUGCGAUAGUGGCGCUUGAAAGACUGUGCUCGUGUGAAGAGCUCUAGUAUUAUUAGAAGUGUAUGAAAAUCCGGUUCCUUUUCUUUAUCUGAUUUUCCAAAUCAGUUGGCUAUCGGUUUUUGCAAUGCGUUGAAGAUUUCGUACACAUGUUUUGCGAAGUGCGAGAUCAUUGAAAGAAAAUUCCGAAUCUUACCUAGGGUGUAUCGAUUUUCGGCCAAACAAACAUGGUGACAGAUUGUGCUGGCUGCGAAGACAACAUACAAGAGGUUAAAAACUCCUCUUCCCAGGGCUGUGCUUCCUAAUUAUGAUUAUAUCAAUCAUGCUCAUUCGUUUAGUGCUAACUUCGGAGUAGCCAAACUAUUCCCCUGUUUCAUUCCUUCUGCUACAAGUACGGUGUGCAUCAUCAACAGAGCAUUGAUGCAAAUGCAAAAGUGCAUCAAAACAAAUGGUGUGAGCGGAAAUGCUCCAAAAGCUGCUUAUAACCAUGAUACGUUCAGCGUGUUUCCAGCGUUGAAUUGCAUAAUGCGAACGGCGUAGAAAAGGAUCAGUGCAGCCCAUAGUUUUAAGGGAAACCUGUAAAAAACGCAGCAACUCUUCGACUGGAGAAUGCUAAAGGUCAACGUCGCUGUUAUGUUCUGCCGUUGUCAUUGUUACAGUAAUAGUAUUAGCUGCACCACCAGAGACAGUAGUAACCAGUAGAGGUUUGUAAUACUAUCGAUAAUGCAGCAGUACAAUCAGCGGUAAUCUGCGGAUGUGUUUUCGCUUUUGCGUCAUAAGCUGCGGAAUCGAAUAAGUUGUAGCUUCCAGUCGAAGCGAAGGUGCUAUGUGCCCGGAGGCAAAUGUAGCGCACCGUUGUGGUUUAAUGCUGUGCUUGAACGUGUGUGUAGUGUUACCGUAGUAGGCUGGAUGUGCUGGAUGCAGUACCAAGUGACGCUCCACUCAGGAGAGCACAGGACCGGUGGCAACAAAUGAUCAUCAUCUAUUGUUUCGAGCGUGCGAGACGUAAAACGUUCCUAGCAAAAAGUCAUGUGUUGUAGAGCGUUUUUACCGUAAUCUGACCACUUUCGGAGUGAUCUAGUACGAAAUCUAGUAGCCUGGCGGAAUAGUACAACUAAUUUCCCACCUCGUGCGUAGCAUUCCCUAACAACCGCCUGCUCGGUUGUGCUUUCCUCUGUUUUGUUGAAAGACACAACGCGUUUUGGCAGGAUGGGUGGUUCAGUUAGCCAAGUGUUCCGAUCCGGCAGCGCACUGCUUUCGAACCGCGAUGGUCACAAAGUAUCUGAAACGACGGUCGAAAAGGUGAACACAAUAUUCGACGCACUCAGGGCAAAUCCAAAGAUAUCGAUUCAGCGGUUAGAGCCACUAUUGCUACAAAUACCGAAGUACGAAAAUAUCCUUGCGAUACACGAUGAAACAGGAUAUAAUUUGCUACAGAAAAGCGUAGGACUUAAUCACGUAGAAUUAGCUAGGUGGCUACUACAAAGACAUCGUCCGGAUGUGAACCGAAGCUCGUGUUCAUUGCCGCUUCAUAUAGCCUGUUUGAAAGGUUAUGAAGAAUGCGUAGAACUGCUGCUUAAACACGGUGCCAGAAUAGAUACCGAGGCAAGGAUGUGCUUUCCCGGUGCACACUCACACAAUUGCGAGGAAAGUGGGAAAUAUAAAAAUCAAGGAGAUGAUGUAGGUGUUUGCGAGCGACCGAAUACUAAACUCCAGAACGCCGUAUGCUACGCGAUCGAUGGUGAUCAAAUCAAUGUGUUGAAUAUACUGGCACAGAAGAUGGAAGAACCGUGGAUGCCAUUCCGGGUGCGAAAACCACUUUUGCACAUUGCCUGCGAACGUGGCGCCUGGAAGUGUGUGCAGCAUCUCGUGCAGACACGCUCGGAUGAAAUCAAUCUGAUCAAGGACGAGUACUAUCCGAUCCACCAAGCAGUGCUACACGACGGACGAUUUCUAGAGCUGCUCAUACAGCACGGUGCCAUCACGACAGUGCGUACGUGCACACAGCAAAUGACACUGCUACAUGUUGUGAUAUUGGCUGCCAGAAAGUCGGCGGAAGAUACCCUAAAUACAAUCCGCAUACUUUUGGAGCGUGGAUGCAAAGAACUUAUCAAUAGUCCCGAUUCUUUGGGCAACACUCCACUGCACGCAAUCAUCGUACGGUAUGCGCUAGAGGAGGCUAGGUAUGGGUACGACAAAUGGAACAAAUGGGACGUGUUGCAUCUGGUGCGUUUUCUGCUUCAGAACGGUGCUAAGAGUUCAAUCAAUCAAACCGGCAACAGUGCAUUGGCCUGCGUCUUUCGUCACAUCCGAGAUUGGGAGGUUUGCUACGAGUUGUUAAACAUGCUUAUCAAGGAAGGAGGUGAUCCCAAUAUUGUCGGACGCGAUGGAUCCGUUCCUAUAAUGGUUUGUUUGGUGCCGCUCAUCAACAAGGAUCCGUUGCAUCAUUUCACACAUUCAAUGAAGGUUUGCUACCUGAACUGUAUUCGAAUAUUGUUACAAAACGGUGCAAAUCCGAAUUGUUCCUACCGCUCCAACCUAACACCGUUGCAUGUGCUCAUCUUUACCGUCUCGGAAAACUUCACGCUUAACUGUGAUAUCCAGAAGCGCGCCAAUUUUGAUUUCAUUAAAAACAUUCUUCUGCUGCUGUUGCAGUACGGGCUCGAUUGUAACAUCACCUCCCAGCACAUUCUACAGUCCGUGAUCGAUAUGAUCGUAAAUGUGCGCACCUGUCCCGAUAUAUUGUGCGUGUACGAGCUGCUACUGUUGCUGAUCCAGUACGGAACCGAUCCGAACGUAUCGCUCAGCAACAAGCUAAUGACGAACGGUGCGAGCAGUAGCAAUUCGUCGAUAAUUUUCGUGAACGACUUCAUCAACUUUGGGGGUGGCAUUCGUGGUGCACCGGGUGGUGCUGACACAACCGCAUCCGGCGGUACUGGCGGUGGUAGCAGCGCUGUCGUCAACGGUGUUGGUGGCCCGGGAGGAGUUGCUGUCAGUGGUGGAGGAGGCGGCACAUCCUCGACAGCAAAUGGAACCGGCGGUUCGGGAUCGGGAACAGGCUCGUCCAAUGGGAACGAAAAUUUGCGCAGCUCGUUUCGCAACAAUGCGCGUAAUUAUCUGCUGUUCUAUUACAUUAUGCUGAUCACGCGGAAGGAAUUUAUACUGCUGGAUCGCGAACAAACGUACCAGCGCAUAAUCUAUCUGUUCUACUACUCCAUGAAGCACGAGCCGCUGUUUAACUGUUUGAAAACGUUGCACAAUUUGCUCAUCGCACAGGUGCCGCACCGUUCGAUCGACAAUCUACGCCACCUGAUCAUUACGCUGUACAAAAAGCCGCGCAGCCUGAAGCAGCUGUGCCGCGUGUGUAUCUACAACAGCUUGGACAAGAAGCUGGCACCGAGCAUAAAUCGGUUAAAUUUGCCCGGUCCAUUGAAAGAGUACGUGAUGAACUUCGAUAAGUAGAGAGCAAGCAACAAUAUCAAACAAACAAAAAACGCACGAGUACACAGGAAUGCGCUUUCUCUCGAGAUGAUCUCUUUCAUAUAUAGGUGCUGCAAUAUGUAGUUCUGUUUGUAUUUACCCCUCCUUUCCCCCUUCUUCCCUCCCUCAUUUCCCGAGGGGACGCAGAAGGUGAAGUUUAUUACAGUAUCAGGCGGUAUACGAAGAUUCUAAGCCAUAAUGGAGCACUACAUUAUCAGAAGGUAUUAAUUUUUUUGGUUUCAUUCUAUAGAAUUCAUUCUUAAAAGACCAAACACGAGAUUAACACAUUCUUAAAGCAGUUAAAAUCGUAAUAGAUACAGCUUUCAAUAUAUUUACUAUCAGUGUUGUAUUCUCUCUACUAGUUUUUUUUUAUAAUGUUACAUCUUCGAUUAAAAGAAAUCUAUAUUUCACUGUUUCCGUGCAGUAGCAAAUUUAUUUUUCAUUUAAUUUUUUAUAUUAGCCCUUUCAAAUGCUGUUAAUUGAUCUGAAAUUGAAAAAGAAAAAUAAAUCAUUCAUUGUAGUUAUGAUAAAAAAAAAAUUAAUGCCGCAGGAUACGCCCGAGGAAGAAAAAUGUCCCACUAGGCGUUGUUAAUGUGUCCGUAAAGCCGUAUAAACCGAACAAUCGUACGUAAUGUAAGGGUUCGCACUGAGCAAAGCAUUAAAAUAUGUAUGUGUUUUGUGUGUAUGUAUGUGUGUAUAAUGUAAAUAUGUUGUAGCGUUUAUUGAAGAAACCCAUUUUUAUAGGUAGAUGAUAGAUAAAAACCAGGAGCACGCACUAGCAGAAUGUUGGGUGUUGGGGUGUAGUGUGUGUUAAGCAAAUUGCAAAUGCAUUAGAUAUGAAAUACGAAAUUGUCAUCAUCAUCAUGUACCACGCCACGCCGCGAGAGAGCUACGAACAAACGAACAAAUUAAUAUCAAACAAAAUGAACAACGUACGUGUACUAACGUCGAAAAUACCGAAUUUCAACACUUCAGAUAGGACUGAACAAUGAAUCAAACUUGUAAGCGAAAUGGAAAAGAUGAGUAGAAAAGCGGAAUAGAGAGAGUUCGGCUAGUAAUGGCAAAGAAAAGUAUUUUGUGCUGAACCGUAAUGUUUGGAUUGAGGUACUUGUUGUAAGGAGCCGGAUAUCGCUGCGACAUACAAGAUAUCUUACGGGUUAAUGUGGCAGUAAUAAAGACGUUGAAAAAAUAA